GUGAUCCGAGUGUGUGAGGAGGCUUUGCUUGUCAGUCAGACUUUGAACUGAGCACUGGCGCUCAUCGCUGUUUAUCUGUGACCGCUGCUUGUCAUCAAAUACGCUCUCGCUGACACUUAUCACCGAGCGCCUCAGAUACCUAGAUUAGGAUGAACAGUUGCUGAGCGGAGUCUCGAGGAGAGCACCGUUCCAGGGGCCGAGCUGAGAUUAAGCCGUUAGCAACGACGCUUCACGUACACCUUGCUCGGGAGUUGAGAUGGUCCAGACCAGGGAUGUUUUUUUAGCCUUGCUCUUAGUGGGCUGUACAGUCUGUUUGGAAGUGCAGAUCAUACCAGCCCAUGGUGAGAUCAGCCUCGGGGAGUCCAAAUUCUUCAUGUGUGAAGUAGUUGAUGGCACGGCCAAGCACAUAGACUGGUUUGGCCCGAGUGGGGACAGAAUAGAGCCGAACAGACCAGACAUAACGGUAACCCGUAACGAUGACUCAUCCUCCACCCUCACACUCUACAAAGCUGGGAAUGAAAAUGCUGGGACCUACAAGUGUGUUGCUACCAGUGGAGACAAACAAGCAGAGUCGACCGUCAAUGUAAAAAUCUUCCAAAAAAUUACAUUUACAAAUGCACCCUCUCCUCAAGAGUUCACCGUUGGAGACGUUGCUAACUUAGUUUGCGAUGUCGUCAGCUCCCCUUCACCAACAGUUCUCUGGAAAUAUAAAGGCACCAAAAUACAGAUGGAGAAAGAUGUUCGUUUCAAAAUACAAAGCAACAACCACCUUCAGAUCCAUGGUAUAAAGAAAACAGAUGAGGGUUUAUACACAUGUGAGGCUCGCCUAAUGGCCCGCGGCGAGAUUGAUCUGCGUGUCAUCAAGGUCAUUGUAAACGUUCGCCCCACUGUCAGAAUAUUGCAGUCAGAACUAAAUGCCACUGCAGACGUUGGCCAGCCCGCCAAAAUGACUUGUGCUGUUGAUGGCUUUCCUGAGCCCAUGGUGACCUGGACAAGAAAUGGAGUCGACCUUGAGCCAGGAGAGAAGUACAGUUUUAAUGAAGAUGGCUCUGAAAUUACCAUAAUGGAUGUCACCAAACUGGAUGAAGGAGAGUACACCUGCAUUGCCAAGAACAAGGCUGGGAAAGAUGACAAGGAACUCAGUCUAAGAGUGUUUGUCAAACCCAAGAUCACAUACAUUAUGAACCAGACGUCUUCAGAGAUGGAGGAGCAGGUGACUUUGACGUGUGAGGCUUCAGGAGAUCCAACUCCCACCAUCUCCUGGAGCUCCGGUGAUCAUGUGUUCACCGAGGGCGAGCAGGCACAUCUAAACAGGAUCUAUCAGGCAUCAUGGACACGGCCUGAGCAGCACAAGAGUCCAGACGGGAAUGUUGUGGUGAGGAGUGAUGCUCGUGUGUCCUCCCUCACUCUUAAAUAUGUCAAGUACACAGACGCGGGUCAGUAUCUCUGCACAGCACGGAGUGCCAUCGGAGAAGAUGAUCAAAGAGCGUAUCUGGAGGUUCGCUACACGCCUAAGAUCAGUGGGACAGUGGCUGUGUACACGUGGGAAAGAAACCCUGUUAAUAUCACCUGUGAGGUCAAAGCCUUCCCCAGUGACGUGUCAACCGUGUGGCUCAGAGAUGGACUGCAGCUCCCCAACUCCAACACCUCCAACAUCAAGAUAUUCAGGACUCCCACAAGCAGCUACCUGCAGGUUACCCCCGAGUACGAGAGUGAUUUUGGGAGCUAUAACUGCACCGCCUCAAAUGAGAUGGGUACAGAGUCCAAGGAGUUCCUCCUCAUUCAGGCUGAGGUUCCAUCGGUUCCAUCCAUCGUUGAAGUGAGACCUUUCUCCACCACCGCACUGAUUCAGUAUGAGGAGCCGGAAUCUACUGGGGGCGUACCUGUUCUGAAAUAUAAAGCGUUGUGGAGGAUGAAGGGCAAAGGUGACUGGAUGCAGAGAGUCUACGAGGCCACAGAUGACUCCAGCAAUGAGGUGACCAUCACCGGCCUCAAGCCUGAGACCAGCUACGAGCUAAAGCUAACAGCCAUCAAUGGCAAGGGUGAAAGUGAACGCAGUCUCGCUGAGUUCUUCAAAACGCAGCCUGUUCGUCCCGCUUCCAAAAACAACACGUUUCCUUUCUUCUCUGAGGGCACAGAAGGAAAUCCCAAUCCCCCCAAACUGGAAGGGACCCUGCAGCCUAAAGGCAACUCCCUCAAAGUCAGCUGGACCAAGCAGGAUGAUGGCGGCUCUCCCAUUCUACACUACCUCGUCCGCUACAAGCCUAUUCAUGCAACAGAGUGGAAACCAGAAAUCCGGCAGCCCAGUGACAGUGAAUAUGUGGUUCUGAGGGGGCUGAAGUGGGACACGGAGUACAACAUCUAUGUGGUGGCAGAAAAUGAAAAAGGCAAAUCCACGCCAGCAACCAUGUCCUUCAAGACUUCCUCCAAGCCAGAAGCUAUUCCAGACUUGGACGACGAGACGGCUCUCUCUAUGAACAUUAUUCUCUGGGCAGGGAUCCUUGUUGUGGCAUUUGUGCUCCUGCUUCUGGCUGUGGAUGUCACCUGUUUCUUUGUCAACAAAUGCGGCCUCAUCAUGUGCCUCUGUGGUAAAUCGGGCACGGGGACAAAAGGGAACAACCUGGAGGAGGGAAAGGCAGCUUUCAUGAAAGACGAGUCCAAAGAGCCGAUAGUGGAAGUCAGAACAGAGGAUGAGUGCACAGCCAAUCACAAUGCAGCAGGGCCGAUAGAACCCAAUGAAACCACGCCUCUCACUAAACCAGAGCUGGUGGCUUCUCUGGCACUGGACACCCCUUCCUCCGUAGCCACCAACUCUGACACAGCCACCGCAACAAAUGAACCUGCUCAGGACAGCCCCUCUAGCGAGACCACCACUCUCACGUGCAGCCUGUCGACCCUGGCCAACGAGCCCUCACCCACCCCUCUCGCUGCUCCGGCCCCAACCCCAGAAUCCAGCACAGGCCCGCCGACCCCGGUCAUCUCCUCCAGCGCCGUUAACGCUAAAAUGGCCCCUCUGCUCGAACAAAGAGGAAUUAUCACACCAGAUGAAGAGGAGAAACUAAACACUCCUCCUUGUACGCCUGAAUUUCCGAGACCCCAGAAACCUGGAGCCCCGAUACCCCCAAAGCGCAGACAUUCUCCGAAACUCGCUGCUCUAAAUGCUAAGAAAAACAGCCCCCCUGUCUCACCUCUAACUGCAUCGUCGUCCUCCCCUCCCACUCCAGAAACCAGGAAACACGCUCCGAGCCCUCCUGUCACCAAGCUCGUCACACAGCCUGACGCUGCGCCCUUAAACACAGACGUACCAGCUCAAACCGCCUCCACCCCGGCCCCCGCUGCCUCUUCCAAACCAGACCUAGAUUCUAAACUUGCUGCCCCAGAUUCUAGUGGGGGGACCUUUCCUGCCUUCAACAUAGACAAACCCAACGAUGUAGCCGUUAACUGCAAAACCACUGCCAAAGCUGGAACCUGUAACUCUCCAGCGGUGAUUCCUAAACAGCCCAAUGGUGACAGAUCCGCCCCAGUGGUUUCAGACCCCCGCUCACCUUUACCUGUUACUGCAAUCUCCAACGAUCACCUCAUGCAAGCGUCAGACGUGUACGAUUUUGCAGCCUGCGCCGCAGGCUCCGCUAAAGCAAACUUUGACUUAGAGCUGACAAACACAGGUAGGCGCUCGCGGCCCCAAUCAGACCUCAUUAGCUUAGCGAGCCCGUCCGCUGCCCUCUCUCUGCCCAAUGGAGACGGAGCAGACCUCCCCCCCCCAGGCCCAGUUGUGGAGGCUUCAGAGACUCUGGCCAAGACCGCUCCUCCUGUCAACGAUGAGAAAGUCAGACUGGAGGAGGCAGACUUGCCGAACGCCCUGAUCUCUUCGGCACAUAACAGUGUCGUACAGACAAAUACCUUUGAGAGCAAAGUAUGAUGGGCCUGGCGGAGCCUCAGCCCGACAGAGAAACACUGCAGGAGCUUUCAUUUCUAGUGCCCUUAACACCACACUCCCAGCAACACAACAGCGCACUUUGGCUGUGCUUUCUUUUCUGGUUUCAUUUAUGGGAAGUUUUAACGCCUGGGAAAUGUAUUUAUUUUUAGGCCACGAGAGACUGAUUUUAUUUUUUUAUUCUUACUUUAUUUAAUUUAUCCAGUUAGAACGAUUAACACUUUUGUCUUCUCAUGAUGAUUGUUGGUCAACUCUUCAUUGAAAUUGCAACUGUACAGAGUCAAUAUGAAAAAAAUGUAGAUGUAAAAAAACGAUAUAACUACAAACUAUAUAUAGAAAUGUUUCUGUUUUCUUUAUUUUUACUGUGCAAGUGUAAAACUGUUUUGUUAGUAUCACUCAGUAGCUUGUUCUGCAUGUUUGACCUGCAGGGGAUUGGAGUUUUGUUUUUGUGUGUGUUGUCUGCAGAUGAACAUGUUGCAGGGGUGUUUCAUAUCUCACAGACGUGCUGAAGGUUCAGUCAGAUUCUCCAUGAGUUUUUAAGAGUGGCACCAGAAGAGAAGGAUUUACCCGACCAACAGAAUCCCAUCCCAGGACCGCACUGCAGGAGCCAGAUCAAAGUUUGAGCGUUCGAUCACUUUUAUUCUCACCCGUUACUGUCUCUGAUGGAGAGAGCAUCGUUGAGGAGGAAAACAGGUGGACCAAAUUGUUAACAGGAAGUCCAAAGAAGAAGAAAAAAAUUGGGUUAAAAGGAAUUGAUGAAGGAAAUCUAUGAUCCUGAUCUAAAUAUACGCCACUUCUGUGAGAGAGUACAGCCAUGACGGCUGUACUUCCUCUUCCUCACACCGACACAGAUCAAAGCUCUGGCUUCACAGUUCGGUUUAGGCUUUGAAGCAAAAACAAAAAAAAAUAAAACGUGGGGGGGGGGUCUUUAAAAUUGUUUUGUACUAUUUAAAAACGACAAAGAUUUAGUUUCCAUUCCUGCCUGCAAAGCUUGUGCACCGUGCCUGUGUCUCAGUAGAUUGUCUCGUCAUCGGUUUCUAUGAUAAUCUGCAUAGUUUUGUCCGGAGGGAUUUAAAGUACUCCUUUUUAUUUGACGUAUUGUUAAAAAACAAAGGUAUGAUCAGUGGACUAAUGUGGUCAUUAUAACACAUGUAAUAUCGAAAACAUCAGUUUCUGGUCCCAGCACUAUCUAUUCCCAGCUAUAGUGAAGGAAGGCAUUGAGCCUUGGCAUGAAUUCAAUCAGUACUUCAUAACAUAUAACUACAAGGCACGUAGACGUGUUUGUGUGGGGAAAACUGUUCUCAUAUUGAUUUAAUGAGUGUAACCUGGGGGCUUGCUAUGCCAUAGUUUCACAUGCUUUCAUUUUUUUCCCCUAGUUGUUAUUCAAGUGUUCUGUGAUGCAUUUUUUAAAUUAUUUUUUUUUGUCUUUUUCUAUUAAAAAUGAUGGUCAAUGUAACGUCCGGAAAGCUACAGAUUCUGAGAGUAAUUGCACCAGAAGCCAAGCCUUACUCUCCAUGUCCUUCAUCUGCUGUUACCAGACCACCUUUGCACCCCGCUCCUUGGACACUCCCCUUUUUUUGGCUUCAUUGGGUCAAACUCAGAAAUGAUGUGUUGUGUACAGUCUGAGUGAUAACCCAUUUACAAAAUAAAAUUUAAAAAAGAUGAAA